CAAACUCUAUUAGAAAGAAUAGCGCACGUUCUUUUUUGUUCUUGCCGAAACGAAAAUGGAGAUCACUUUGAGGUUCUUACACGUGUCAUCAUUUAACACCAUAACUGAGUCUGAAAGAAAGGGGGUGCUGUUGGCAAGUGAAAUGUGUUGGAAAUCUACCUGAGCCUUUCUCGUCAAAUCAUUCAUAAAAGGCCAUUAUUUAUUUUUUUCUACUUUAUUCUAGUCAGUUUAGGUGUUAUGAAAAUCAUGGAAGUUGUUGGAAACCGUUGCUUUAGUUCAGUGUUCUUAGCAGGUCCUCUGGAAGAUGUGUUAUUGAACAAUAAGAAGAUUUGUGCUUACAAUCAUGGAAUGGUGUCCAGGCAUUCUUCCAGAUUGAACAAAAUCUCUUGCAAAUUGCCUGAGAAUGAGCUUGGAGAAAACCCCAGAAGCCAGAUCCUUACCAAGUCCAAGAACAAGAUGGAAGAAUACAAUAUAGCCAUGAAGAAGAUGAUGAGGAAUCCUUAUGAGUAUCAUCAUGAUCUGGGCAUGAACUACACACUUAUAGCUGAUAAUUUGAUAGUGGGUUCUCAGCCUCAGAAGCCUGAAGAUAUAGAUCAUCUGAAACAGGAAGAGAAUGUGGCAUACAUCCUAAACUUACAGCAAGACAAGGAUGUAGAAUACUGGGGAAUUGACCUGCCGGCCAUAGUUAAAAGAUGCCAAGAGCUCGGAAUUCGCCAUAUGAGAAGGCCAGCGAGAGAUUUUGAUCCUGAAUCAUUGCGAAACGGUUUGCCUAAAGCUGUUUCAUCAUUGGAAUGGGCCAUUUCAGAAGGAAAGGGAAAAGUGUAUGUUCAUUGCUCCGCGGGACUAGGAAGAGCCCCUGCGGUUGCCAUUGCUUACAUGUUCUGGUUCUGUGGAAUGAAUCUGAACGCAGCAUAUGAGAAACUCACUUCGAAAAGACCAUGUGGUCCAAACAAAGGGGCAAUCCGUGGAGCAACUUAUGAUCUUGCCAAGAAUGAUCCUUGGAAAGAGCCCUUUCAGUCUCUCCCAGAACAUGCCUUUGAGGACAUAGCAGAUUGGGAGAGAAACUUGAUUCAAGAUCGUGUUCGUUCUCUGCGUGGCACUUGAGCUUUUAAGUGGUGAAGGAUCAAUUACAGAAACCAAGUUGGUGAAAUGAAAACUUGUCAUGAUGCAAAGGUUGAGGAAGAAACUUUGGGCAUUAAUGGAUGUAGUAGGACUUGAAGCUAGAACGCUCCUUUAUCUUUCCCUGUUCUAAGCAGAGGAAUUAUACUUAAACUAUGACUGUAAUGUGUAUUCAAUGAUUCACACAACUAAAUUGACUAGGAAACUAAGAAUCGAAUGAAAAGUCAUAGGGGGCAUGGAAUAAAUUUGAUCUGGAGAUUGUAUUCAGGUUUCUUAAAGUUGUAUAAAUGAAAUUUUAUAAGACUUUUUUGAUAUAAAAACUUAAAAAGAGCAAUUUUUAUUGAA